CACAUUGAGAUGACAAUGGUGAAACUCUUCACCAAGUCCAUCCUCAAAUUCCUCAUUCAUCUCCAUGCCAAGGGAAUCGUGCAUGGGGAUAUCCAGCCGAGGAACAUGUCGAUUAAAGAGCCUGGGGCAAGGACCAUCCGGAUGAUGAGUUUUGAAAACAGCUUUUUGGUGGGACGCCAACGUUCACAGAUUUUUGGUUCCCCUGCGUACCUUGCCCCAGAGGCAUACCUGGGCCACAUGUCAUCUUUCCCGGUUGACAUGUGGGGGCUGGGGUGUACAGUGGCCGAGUUGGCUACCGGGCGCAUCCUCUUUCCGGCCAUCAACAAACACGACCAGCUCCCGUGUUAUAUGGAGAUCCUCGGGAUGCCGCCUCAGAAUUUGAUUGAUGACGCGCCUGAGAGAAACAAGUACUUUGAUGGUUCGGGGAUGCCUUUGAUGUCUGGACAAAGCAGGGUCCCAGGCAGUCACUCCCUAUACCUGGCACUCGGGAGCCAGGACUCGGAGUUCCACGACUUCAUUAGCCGCUGCCUGGAAUGGGAUCCAGCUCUGCGGAUGACACCAGCAGAGGCACUGGCGCAUAGCUGGCUGAGGGAUGAGGAAAUGCCGAGGGAUGAGGAAAUGCCGAGGGAUGAGGAAAUGCCGAGGGAUGAGGAAAUGCCGAGGGAUGAGGAAAUGCCGAGGGAUGAGGAAAUGCCGAGGGAUGAGGAAGUGCCGAGUCAGUGUGUGCCUCUUGUGGACACAUCAAUCCACGCAGAGGCAUCCGCCAAGGAGGAGACGAGACAGUGGGGUGAGCCCCUGCAGAAAGAGAAGAAGCAGUCACGUCUGGUUAGUGCGUACAGGGCCGUAUGCUCAUUCUUCCGUGGCUUUAAGAAAUGCACCGCAUGCGACCGUAAUGCUCAUCCUGGGCGUGUACACAUUCCACACACCGUAUACACACGCUCGCCUAAGCGAAUGCAUGGGCAACUUCCGGUGCUAGCGUCAAUAUCAGAUCCCAUCUACUGAGUUUUUUAACCCCACAUAAAUACAGUAAAACCGCUCUUAACGACGGUAAUUGGUUCCAUGAAUAUGGUUAGUAAGUAAUUUGGUAAUUAAGCAAGUACAGUCGACCCUUACACAUCGCGGGGAUUAGGGGUGCAGGCCCCUCGCGAUCUGGAAAAACCGCAUAAAAUGUUUGGUCCCCUUGGCGAGCGAAGCGAGCACCUCCAGUUACUAAACUUUUUAAGUUAUCUCUACAUGUUCAGUCUUUGCGUGUCGUCUGAUGGCUUUUGCGUUCUU